AUGGCACAGGUAGCCGCGGAGAGGAGGGGCAGGCAAGGGGGGGGGGCGACAAAACUAAGCCUGGGCGUUGCGAGUGUAUCUGUAUCCCUCUAAUUUUUUUGGUUUUUGUUUCCAGCCUCUCCCUAUUUUGUGGGAUAUGGAAGUGUGGCCGAGUGAGAAAGAGAAAGGCGCCGGGGGGGGGAUAAGGGUGGGGGCUUAUAGGGAGGAGGAGGGAGAGCGCUGCCCUCCCCCCCCGUCUUUUCUGUGAGGCAGGGAGGAAGGAGCGCCGUGUGCCCUUUUUCAGAAGCCCGAAAAGCCAAAGCGUGCCUUUAUAAGGGCGUGUUCGCCGGGCGGGAACGAGGGGGAGAGAAUAACCGAAGGUGCUGCGGGGGGGAACUGCACUUGCGUCGGAGGAUAUUAUUAUUAUUAUCAUUUAUUAUAUAUGUCCUCCCCUCCCUAAAUGACUUUUUAAUUGCAAGUUCCAGGCAGGCAGAGAUGUUGCAGCCAGCAGCACAACAAAAGAAUCUUGUGGCACCAUACAAGGUUAACGGAUUUGUUGGCCACGUCGGAUGACGUGGGCUUUAGUUCACUAAACCUUUGCCACAAUUGUUGUGUUAGCCUUAAAGGGUGCCACGAGCCUCGUUCCCUGUGGGUGGGUGUGGUGGUGGUGUUGGAUGGGCUGUUUUGGUUGGACGUCGGUGGUUUUAGAGCAGGGAUGGUGAAGUUGUGGCUCUCCAGAUGUUGUUGGGCUGCAACUCCCAUCAUCCCUCGCCACUGGCUAUUCUGGUUGGGGCUGAUGGGAGUUGGAGUGCCAACAUCUGGAAAGGCUCAGGAGAUUUAUGCCCCUUGCUUUCUCUCUCCCACCUCCCCCAAUAGUGUCUGUAAGUUGAUGGUGUUAAUCAUGCCCCAGCUGAAGGAGAAUGCCAACAUAAGAGACAGGAAAUGCCUGUCAUGCCAUUUCCUGAUAGACUUUACAAAGCUUAAAAGUAAACAGUGUCUACCAAAUUUGCAAGUACAUUUUGUGAACUGCAUUGGAACUGGGCCAUAUUCCUAUGUAUACCUGGGAGUCUGCUCCAUUAAGCGCAGCUGAACUUUUUCUGAUUGAGCAUGCUUCGAAAGGGACUCCAUGUUUGCAUAGCCUUAGGACUGUAGUGUAGCAUCCUGAAGCCACUCCCAUUACUUUUCACAGAGUUUGCGUUCAAGUAAAAGUUGCAAAUAUUGUAGCCUAGAUAUGUGCAUGCUUACCUCAAGGUUUAAUGACUUAAGUGUGGCUUUUUUGGCACGCAGCUCAAGCCUCAUGGUGGCUAUGUGUGUUGCUGUUUCCUGGAGAAGUGAUACUGGAUUUCACUCUCAUAAUAUAUUUUGUGGUAACAGUUUUGGGACUGUUCUUACUUGCAUGCGUGAUUUUCAGUCCAAUACAGUGAAUUGCAGUUUGCAUCAGUUAUGUCCAUGUGUGCAUGUUAACGUGCCCUUAUAGGGACUUUCUCCUCUUUCUGUCAACCAUGCCUGAGUCCCGUUUUAUGUUAUGUUUUCACUGCUAAUAAAUCCCUAUCUGGUUUCUGUUAAUUCUGACACCUUAAAUUAUCUCAGAAAGAGGUUAACUUCUCACACACCUGCAAAGUAGGCCUAGGUUGGAGGGUUCUUCUUUUCAACUGCUUCUGGAAAUUGACACUGUCACUUGAAGUGCAGUCCUAAGCCCUGAUCCACCUUGCUGGAGAAUGUUAUAGAGGAUGUAGCACUGCAGAGAUCUCCACUACACCUGCCAAAACAAUGGGCAAUGGAAAUCCUCCACUCCCUGUACGUUAGCCAGAGGCAGAAUAGGCCAUUCAAGGACCUCCUGGUUCAUAAACUACUAGAGAAACUGCAGCAAAGUUCAUUGCUACCACCACCACCCCUUAGCUUUAGCUGCAAGGCUUUGGAUACAGUAGCUCUGUUCACCCCUGCUACUCCCAGGUGGGAGUUAAGUUUGCAGUUGUUUUCUAUUGUUCAAUGAAUUGUUAUUUAAAUCCUAGACAUGUUUACUUUGGAGGAACAUUACAGAGCCUGGACUUACUUUUGGAUAACCCUUUAUUUAUUCUGAAUACUUAUAGCACACCUUUGGCCUCUUGAGUUCAAAGUCAGCUAUUUUUUUAUUUUUAUUUUUAAAUAGCAAUCACAAUAGCAAAAAACUAGGCAGUUAAAAGAGCAGCAAUUGAUGGUUUCAACAGACUAUAGUUUGCCAGCAACCCAGGAUUGUAACCUAGGGUAUGAUCCCCUUUUGCAAGCAAGGUACAAUUUGCACAAACCAGCAUGCCAGGCUUGGAUAGAACAGCAAACUAUGUUUUCCUUCUUAAAUAGAAUUGGAAUCUUUGAAGUGCUGUGCACAAGCCUAUGGCUUGUCUGUUUGUUCUCAUAACCAUGGUUUAGUGGUGCAUCUGCCCCCUGUGCUUCUGAGAAAAAAAUUGUUGUAUUCAUUGUUUUAUAAACUAUUGUCACCAUUAGUAGUGAAAACUGGUAUGUGAAUAUUGGAAAUAAAUAAUACUUCCUUAUUUUUAUUUUUCUGGGUACUGCUACCCUAUUUGUGCUCCUGAAAUCAAGCAGUAUAUUAUGUAAGUAGCGCAGGGCAUAGAUUUUUGUGUGUGCCUUAAAUAUUUAUUUGGUUUUAUAGACAAGAACCAAUUCCAUGCAUAGAAUAUAAAAGUCAAAGCCCUAUGAGAUCAUUUUAUUAUUUUAGAUGUGAUGCUGGCAAUGAGGUGAAAUGAGCAAGGGCAGUUAUUGUGUAUUCAGAACAUGUGUGGAUUGUUCUAAGGGAAAAGGCACAUUGACUCUUAUCCCCUUGAAUUUAACAUGUGAUUUAUUUAUUUUUAGUUAACUAUUGAAAAACUCACACACUGUUUAAUCUUAUUAACUAUGUUGUGUUUAACCCAGUUCUGUGCACUAUAGAUUGUAUUACGGUUUGAGGUUUAUUUGUCCUUGUCACCUACGCUUUGAAGAGUUUCUCACUGCCCAAGUUGAAAGAUGGCAGUGGGUACGUAUAGUAUGGUACAUCUCUUCCAACACCGGCCAAGAAGGCUUCCAAACAUGUAUAAAUGGAAGACAUUUCAGGUUUAAUAAUAAUAAUAGGAAUUUUUCAAGGACUCUACAGUCGUACCUUGGUUCUCAAAUGCCUUGAAACUCCAAUGUUUUGGCUCCCAAAUGCCGCAAACCCAGAAGUGAGUCUACCGGUUUGCAAACAUAUUUUGGAAGCCGAACGUCCGACACAGCUUCCGAUUGAGUGCAGGAAGCUCCUGCAGCCAAUUGGAAGCCACGCCUUGGUUUUCGAAUGUUUUCGGAAGUCAAACGGACUUCCAGAAUGGAUUCCUUUCGAGAACCAAGGUACGACUGUAUUGGGAUGUGGCAUUACCCAGUUUUAAAGAUGAAUUUACACAGCUCCUAACAUUGUUGACAAAACUCAGAUUAAGAAUGUUACUCGUAACUAUAAAAAUACCAAAACAUUUCUUGGUAUAAGUAAUAUUGUAUGUAUCUGGGCAUUACGCUGCUCUAUUAAGUACUCAUCUGUUAGUGAUUGUUUGGAAUUAUGAUAGUUUAAAAGUGUGUGCUAAUUGCUAUUUAUAUAGUGCUCUAGAGUGUUUGAAGAACUUCAUAUGUAAUCCUUACAGUAGCCAUGUAAGAAGAGCUGAGGCUGCCUUGUUGAAGUGAGAUUUAAAAUUGGGACUGCAGGUCACACUCUGAUGCUACGUGUUGUAUUGUACUGACAUGCAAAUGGCAAUUUAGUCACGUUGAAUAAUGACAUGGAAGCCGGUGGAAUUGCAUGAAAUGAAGUUUAUGAAAGUAAAAAUUUAGUAUCACACUAGUUCUGAUAAUAUUGGUUGCAACCCAGCAAAGAAAUGUUGCAGCCCUCCCCUCCCAAGAUUUUCCUCUCAUCAGUUGCAGAAUAACGUAAACCAAAAAGUCUUUAUGGCUUUUACAGCUUGCUGCGGAACCUUUCUGUGCAUGUAGUUUGGAUUGUAGCCAAAAUAACUAGGAAGAAGAAUGAAUAGAUUGGCUGUUCUUUAGUAUAAUUUGGCGAGUACAAUCAGAGAUAGCGUCUUACCUGUAACAUUUUUAAAGGCAGUGAGGUAUAGGCUGUAAGCAUCUACCCAACUGAUGACAAAGCAUGACUAAUUAUUGUGUCACCAAAAAAUGUAUCCCAAGGAAAUGAUUAAGCAGCCUUUUCUAGGCAGUAAAUGAUUACGUAUCAAAAGUACUAAAUAGAAGCAGUCAGCAAUAAUGAGAUCUUUAAAAGAUACAUCUGAAAAGGACUUUAACUCACUUCUCCUUCUAUGUUCUCCUUCUAUCUAUGUGAGUUCUCAGACUACCAACAGGCGCAGAAAUAAGAAACGCUUGCUUUUUAAACAAACCACAUUUUCUCAUAAUGUCUGAACUUAGAGCUUUGGUUUGUUUAAACUCUUGUGAAAGCAGUAACAAAAUAAGAUUUCAGAUCCUGAUUUCUUAUUUGCAUUUUGUAUUUGUCUUUCUCUUUUACAGAGAAGAAUGUAAAUCUGUACCAAGCUUUAACACUAAUUAUUUCAAAGCAAGUAUUUUUGUUUAUUGAAAUGCAGAACUUCCAAAACACCCAAAACAUGUGAUUAAGAGCUUCUUCUGGAUUUUUAAAAAUGGCUCAAUACCAACAAUGGGAUUUUUAAAAAACUAAAUUUCAGCCAACCCCUUCAACUCAGCCUUUCUCAGGGUAGUGAUUUUUGGGGGACAGGGGAAUGGAAUUUGCAGGAGUGUUUUACAGAUAGAUGGGUUUUCCCUGUGUCUCCUAUUUUAGCUGUAGUCUCAACAUUGUGGUAGUCACUUUGCCAAUGGUUCUAGGAACCAUAAUUGCUGCUGCAACUUGUGUGGUUUUUAUGUAUGUAUGAUAGCAGGAUGGCUCAAAAUGUGAAUUUCUAGUACUUAUGAACAUAAUAAUCCAAACAAUGGCUUAGCAAAAACAAACUUAAGUUUCUUGAUUUACUGGUUGUAGUUUGGGGGAGACAUACCAAGGUUUCGGGUUCUGAUGCAGUGCAAAGCCAAACCAUGGCUUAGCCCUAGGUAGUACAACAGGACCAGGGGAGGAGUGAAUUCCCUCUUCAUUUGUUAAUCAUGGUUUAUAUAUGUGAAUUGGACCAUUAUUAGAGAUGCUAUACAUGAAGGCUCAUCCUUCAUGGUUGCCUCUUUCUUCACAGGCAGUAAAAAAAUCCACUGAAAUUUCCCAUUAAUAUCCCAUUAAUGAAAUACCAGUCAGUAUGGUAGGUGGUUAUGUGUGUGAGGAGAGAGUGCUAUAUACUGAAGAAGAAGAUUUUGGAUUUGAUAUCCCGCUUUAUCACUACCCGAAGGAGUCUCAAAGCAGCUAACAUUCUCCUUUCCCUUCCUCCCCCACAACAAACACUCUGUGAGGUGAGUGGGGCUGAGAGACUUCAAAGAAGUGUGACUGGCCCAAGGUCACCCAGCAGCUGCAUGUGGAGGAGCGGAGACGCAAACCCGGUUCCCCAGGUUACGAGACUACCGCUCUUAACCACUACACCACACUGGCUCUUAACCACUACACCACACUGCAGAUAUCUUAGGAAGCUACCUUUUUGCGUCAGAUUAUUUAUCCAGUUAAACUGGUAUUGCCUACUCUGAUUUGUAGCAGCUUUCCAGUAUCUUGAGCAGGGAGGUCUGAAAUCUGCUACCUUCUCCUUUUUUCAUUAACGGAUGGUGCCAUUGAUUGAACCUGGACAUUUCUCUGCAAAACAUGUGCACUGGGAUCCAUUGAGAACCGAGCCAACUCUUACCUGUAUAUCCCCACCUAGGGUUCUAUUUCAUGGUAUGACUUUGGGAAUAUAGGAAUCUGAUGCCAAACCAGACCAUCAGCCCACCUAGCACAAUAUUGUCUACACUGGCUGGCAGCAGCUCUUCAGGGUUCCUAACAGGAGUCAUUUGCAGCCUUACCUGUAGAAGCCAGAUAUUGCAUGCAGAGCAUGUGGCCCUUCCUCAGUUUGAUAAUGUGCUGGGAUAUGUAUGCAUGCAUGUAUAUGUAUAUACAGUGGUACCUCGGGUUACAUACGCUUCAGAUUACAGACUCUGCUAACCCAGAAAUAGUACCUCGGGUUAAGAACUUUGCUUCAGGAUGAGAACAGAAAUCGUGCUACGGCGGCACGGUGGCAGCUGGAGGCCCCAUUAGCUAAAGUGGUGCUUCAGAUUAAGAACAGUUUCAGGUUAAGAACAGACCUCCGGAACGAAUUAAGUUCUUAACCCGAGGUACCACUCUAUAUGAGAGUCUGAGAGAGCACAAUAGCACCUUGAUAUUCACUUGAUGGCUACAGUAGAAUGGUCAGGAGUGUUUCUAAUCUAUUUCAUUAGUUGACUUACACACACAGCAGGAAAUACUCCCUUCCUUUGGGUGUGGUGUUAAUGGAGAUAAUACUACCAAUUUUAAAUCUUUUUAAAAUCUAAUUGCCAUUUCCCAUGGUAUUAUUCUGUAUGGGAUUCUCAUGUAAUACGAGAAAAGUUUUUCUUUUCAUUUCAUGAGUUUACAAGAUAGAGUUAAGUAAACAAUACACACUGGAAAUAAAGAUAGAUUAAUUCGGCUGGGGAACACUCACACAGCUGUAUACAUUAUGUUGGAGGGCUUUGCAUGACUUCUUUUAGAGCAUGCUUCUGCCAGUUAUUGGGGGGCGAGAAGCAAUAAAGGGCACUGCUGAGCACCAAAAACACUAUUCUGGAAUUUCUCUGACUCCUGCUGCUUCAUCUUCACACAUUCCUUGAGGACUAGAAACUCUAUUGUAUAUAUCUGUCGACUUGUUCAAUAGAAGCCGAGAUUCUUACCAAUCUUAUGUAUUCUUAUCAUAUAGAAUAUUUUAUUAUCAUUCUAACAUUUUUAUGUGAGCUGCUUUAGGGCCCUUUUUAGAGCUGAAAAGAGGCCUGUAAAAUAACUGUGAUAAUUGUGAUUUACACACAGCCUCCCCAUUUCUAAAUCUCAGAUCUCAUUUUUUUACACAUUUUGAAGCCAUUAAAGCAGGAUGGGGACCUUCUGGCCUUCUCGGUGUUGUUGCACAAUACCUCCCAUAACCCCAGAUCAUUGGCCAUCCUGGCUGUGGCUGAUGGGAGUCGGUGUCCAACAGCAGCUGAAGGGCCACAGGCCCCCCGCAUCCUUGCUUUUGAGUUGGGGAACUGGGGGGGGUCACAAAUUGUCUGAAUUGUUUCUUCUUUUUGUUAUGGGUAGGAGUCUAAAAAUGAGAGGGUGGGAAGCCUCACUUUUGCUGCAUGAUUAGGUGCUCAAUACCUACUUACUAUCUAUAAGAAAUGUACAUAUGAUCUGUUAAAUACUUUAUGGUUGACUGAGAAUACUCGGAACAUCAAAGAUGUUUAAAGCUCUAUCACUGAGCAUUUGUUGGCUUUCUUGGGUGGGAGCAUCUAAAAGUCUGAGUUCUAAAGGAAAUGGUGAACUUCCUUUUACUGAAGAUAGACAGACAUUGGGUUAUGCAUGUACUAGGCAGAAAUUUCCUUUUUACCUCACCUUGAAUAUGUAGUGAACAUGCUGCUUUUAGGAGAGCAGUGCCACAUGGCAAAAAAGUCAAACCAUGUAACAGCUGUCCUGGUUGGUGCUGGUGAAUAGCCUGUCAUUAUAGGGCUUAAAUUGUAUGAUUCUUUUCUGUCUCUUGACUGAUCCUCCUAUUACAUGAAUAAUGAGAUAAGUGUUUCCAGGUUUAAUAUGGAUGAACAAAGAAGCUUAGUUUUCUACUUAUCUUUUUCUCUCUCAGUAAGAUUGUAGUCAUCAUAGGGUGCUGCCUCUUAAUGAUAGUUGGGAUUUUUUAAAGCAAGUCAUGCCUUUAUGACGGCUAAGGUAUGAUGUGGAAAUACUGCUGUGUAAUACAUACAGGCUGUGGUAAGCUGUGUAAGAACUAUUUAUAUUCUAAACAAAAUUGAUUUUGUGUAGCUAAAUAUGGGCUUUUAAGUUACACCCGGCUGAAUAAUCUCUUCUUGAAGGAGUUGUGGGUGGGAAGCAUCUAUGGUGCUGAGUUUGAUCAAAGAAUGAGGCAAUAACUUUGCUUCCACUAGAAACUUCAAUAAGAAAUGUCUGGUGAAUUGUUGUACAGGUAACAAUGGUUCUUCACAGGGGUUACGUUCUUGACCCCUGCACAUGUCAGCGGAGCAUGCAUAAGCCUGCUCACCCUGUUACACGCUGUCCCCUUUCCUGGCCACUUCCUGGUUGCAGUGAUGCGUACAUGCGCGGUCACACGCCUAUUGGACGAGCAUAAAACAGUCAUUGCCUCUACUUUGAUUUCUGGUGGCAGGGGGAGUGGGAGUGAGAUUUUUGGAUAAUUGUAAGGUAAGGGUUUUCAAACUAUCAAAAUGCACUAAGGUGAUGACAAAAUGCUAGUCAGCAUCUGCUACAUAACUACAACUGCAUUUGCUAAUUAGAUGUCUUUAUUUGCAGGAAAUAAAUAGUUUCCAGACAUUUGAAAAAGUAAAGGCUGAUCCUUAUUAGAGAUCUGCCUCAACUACAAUACUUGGUUUGAAAUGCAUUAUGGUGCUUUGGAAAACAGGCCACCUCAGUCCAAAGUGCUUUGCAGUCUGCUAAAACUAUAUAUGUUCCCAUCAGAUCAUAGAAUUGUAGAGUUGGAAGGUACACUGAGGGUCAUCUAGUCCAACCUCUUGCAAUGCAGGAAUCUCAACUAAAGCAUCCAUGACAGAUGGCCAUCCAACCUCUGCUUAAAAACCUCCAAGGAAGGAGAGCCCUUCACCUUCCAAGGGAGACAGUUCCACUGUCAAACAACUUUUACUGUCAGAAAGUUAUUCCUAAUAUUUAGUUGGGAUCUCCUUUCUAGUAACUCAAAGCUGUUGAUUUGAGUCCUACCCCCACCCCACCCCGAGCAGGAGAAAACAAGCUUUCUCUAUUUUCCAUGUGACAGCCCUUUCAAUAUUUGAUUAUGGCUAUCAUAUCUCUUCUCAGUCUCUUCUUUUCCAGGCUAAACAUGCCCAACUUCCUCAACCAUUCCUCAUAAGACUUGGUUUCCAGACCCUGUCUUCUGUGGCAGUUUGGUGUCAUCUGCAAAUUUGUUGAGCAUCCCCAUAAUUCCAUCAUCUAAUGAUGAACAACAACAGGCCCAGGAGGGAACCCUGCGGCACCCCACUUGUCCCUUUCCCCCCCAGGAUGACGAGGAACCAUUAGUUCCAGGAUGAUGAGGAACUCUUUGGGUUCAGUCAGUCAAUCAGCUACAAAUCCACCUAACAGUUACCUUCUUCAGUCCACAUUUUACCAGCUGUUUUUACCACAAGACUAUGGUGGUGGACUAUGUCAAAAGCCUUAUUGAAAUCAAGAUACACUAUGUCUCCAGCAUCCCCCUGAUCUUUUGUCGUGGUUCCCUGAUCAGAAAUCAGAAAUGCAUGGAAUUAAGAUGUUAAUAAAAGCAAGCCUAGUUGGGAGAAAUUGAGAUUUGUUUUCUCAUGCAAGAGCCCCCAAUAUUGACCCAUAACAAAUUCUUUUUUUAAAAAAAAGGCACACCCACAUUUUCCCUGUGCUUCAUGUACUUGUGAUAAAAGAGGUAUUAGUUAGUUUCUACAACUGUACACUGUAUUAAAUUUAUAGUUGGAAUCACUGCAGUGAUGUGGGGAUGUCGUGGAUUCUUUUCUAGUUUUUUUCUAAGUAUAUUGAAUACCUUUCCACAAUUAAACUAUACAAUACAGUCAUACCUCGGGUUACAGACGCUUCAGGUUGUGCGUUUUCGGGUUGUGCACCGGUCCAAACCUGGAAGUACCGGAAUAGGUUACUUCCAGGUUUCAGCGCAGAAGCACUAAAUUGUGCUAUGCGCAGAAGCGCCGAAUCGUGACCCGCGCACACGCAGCGUUGUGGGUUGCGAACACUGUGGGUUGCAAACGUGCCUCCCAGACGGAUCACGUUUGCAACCUGAGCUUCCACUGUACUACAAACAUGAAUAAAGCUCAAAGUAGUAAUUCAUAUGCAAACAUGCAAAUGCAGUUAAAGAAAAAGUACUGUUACAUGAGAUCUGUGUGUUUGUCUAUGUUUUUCUAUGCUGUGUUUUUCAUGCCUAUUUCUGAUCUGUAGAGCUUUGCUUCCAGGAGGACAGAAUACAGUAUUCAUUCUGCUCUUACUGCAACAUUUUAAACAGUGAUUGUAUAAGUAUAACCUUCUUCUUACAGUGCAGUUGACAGUGCUAUGUAUAUACUUUUGACAUAAGUGCUUGUAACGAAGGAAUAGAAAUAGUUAACUAGUUCAAUUAUUUCUAUUUUAUUUUACAGGCAAAUUUCAAGUUUCUCAUCUGGAUUGGAUUAUUAAGCUGCUUUGUGGUCUGCGGAUCUGCCCAACAAGGUAAAUGGAAAUAUGUACAGGUUUAGAAAACGUAGACUGAUUUUCUAUUCUACAGUGCAGGUGACCUAUUAAUUCCAGAGCUAUCCAGUGUAAGCUUGCUAUGCUUGUUUUGAAUUGAUUCAAGGACAAAUGCUGCCUGUUUCACUUUCAUACAACAUUAAUCCAUAUUGGUUUAACCUCUUUGCUCAUGUUUCUGAAACUGUAGGCAAAGAGGACAUAUGAACAGGAGGUAGGAGGAGGAAGUGUUUGCCCUGGAGAAGAGACUGAGCUGUAUCUUCAGAACCACACUCUUGUUUCUCUAGUGUAGCCACAUCUGAAGGAUGCUGAACUGCAUCUACAGCUUGAAAUUGUACUCUUGUCCCACGUCAGGUCAUUUGAAAUGUUAUGCACCUCUUAUUCUUCCAAGUAAGAAAAACCGAACAGCCUUUCCGAACAUGCAGUGAAAUAGAUGCAGGUGCAAUUUCUCUUGCAGAACGUCUUUACGUUCCGCCGUUUCAUCCUUUAUGUUUGGAAUUCACCUGCAUCUAUUUUACUGUUUGUACAUACAUUGGAAAAUCUAGAUUAGCGUCACCUUUUCAUCGUGUGUGCAGUGCAAUGAAUGCAUGCAUGUGCAAUUUGUCAUGCAUGACUGUUGUGGUUUUCAUGAUUUUUCUUAUGUGGAGGAUUGUUCCAUGGCAUUUGAAGCAGUCCUACUUAGGAUUGAAGCAGUCCUAAUUAAUGAAUUAUGAUCGGCACAGAAGAAAUGUGCAUUGGUGCUCCAACUUUCCCUCUAGGCUCUGAGCAUUUGUGGAAUUGAUUGUUAAGCAACACUUGCAAUCAUAUGUUAAUUAUAGAUAUAAUGAUUAGUUUGAACCUCAGUUUAUGGCUAGUAAGACAUUUACUUAUACAGUACAUUAAGUUAGGUAUGUGUUGUCAUUUGUUUAAAAAAAACCUUUGCAUUUUCUUAUAGGUGGGAGCAAUUGUAUAAAAGCUAAUGCUAAAUCAUGUGCUGAUUGUAUACAAGCUGGACCAAAUUGUGGAUGGUGCAAAAAUGCAGUACGUAUUUUUAAAAAAUAUAUUUCCUUUGCAAUAUUUUGUUUCCCAUUUCAUUUUAUCUGUAGCUAUUCUUAUACAUUCAAUAACUUUUUAUGAUACACUCCUUUGCAUUGAUAAAUAAGCUGCAAAUGAAAGCUACGGGUUUCUUUGGUCAGUGUUAGACUCUACAAAGUGCAGAGCAGAUGUGAACAAUAAGUCUGCUGCAGUUAAAAUUUUGGUGGUGGAGAUGUGCAGGCUGUCAUGUAUGUUUAAGAUUGGCUUUGUGAAUAACAAUUCCUAGCUUUGGGGUUAAGUUUUUAUUAUUAUUGUUGUUGUUGUUGUCGUCGUCGUCACUGUUAUUCUGGAACUGGUAGGAAACAGUGCUGGCAGCAGCAUCAAGACCAGCAAAUACUUUUUUGUCAGAAAUAACCUUCCUUGUUUUAAUGAGCCCUUGGUGCCUUUGGAAGAUGCUUUUGUGCACAUGGAGAGGUUUUUGAGAGCCAGUAUAGUUAGUGCUGGAAUAAGAAUGCAGACACUCUGGUUCUGAUCACUAGUCAGACCAUAAAGCUCUGUGGGCGACCUUAGUUAUGUUACACACUCUCAACCUAAUUACCUCUCAGGGUUGUUGUGACAAUUAAAUGGGUAGCAGGACUCCUGUGCUGCUUUGAAGUUCCUGUAAGGUGCAAGGUGAAAGACUGCUUUCUCCAGGAGAGUGGCAGGGCCAUUUACUCACCUGGGUUGGGCUGGGCGGUCCUCAAAAUUUAUCUUUGCUCCAGCCCACCAGUAGGUCAACAAAUGACCCUGUGUUUCCCCUGCUUGAAAGAAUCAUCUGUUAACCUGGGCUGGAAUACACAAUAGGAAGUAGCAAGAGCAAGACCUUCUCUUAGUGCAUUUGAGUUUCCCUGUUUGUAUCUGGGUGAAACACCUUUGCCUUAUUUCCGAACUCCUCUGCAUGUGCCAGUGGAUUUGGAGAUGGAAUGGAUCUGUUUGUUUCACACAGCAGGAUAAAAAGACCCUGGUGCAAUUUGAGGUGCUUUGUCCACAAAUUCAAUUUGCAGGGAAGGGAUUCCACCUCACCCAUGACCAGCAGGAAAGAAACAGGCAGAUUUGCAAGGAAAGAUUCCUUGCCAUUUCUCUCUUUUAAUACUCCAUUGGGAAUAGAAAUAAGUGUGUCCCCUAUGCAUCAGUUGAAAUAUUUUGACUUAUUUACAAGUUAUCUGUCAAAUAGCAUGCUGUGACUGUUUUGCUUUCCAACUGUAAUGAUCAGAUUGGCACUGCUGGCUGUAUCCAUAUAUAGCUUAGUUCACACUGCUGUUUUUCCAUGCCCCCUUCCCUACACAGGGACAGGGGUGUUUGUCAUGUGGACAUAAGUAGUUGACUUGUAUGCAUGAAAUAGUCCGAGGUCUCUUGAAUGCCAGGUGAAGGGGGUAGAGAGGCGAAUUCUCUGAAAUGAUCCACGUUGCCCUGAUUAGCUAGAAGCAGUUGCUAUCUGCAGUUGGAACCAGGCGAAUGGGUAAAUUCUUCACUCUGUUACUAAAAUCUUUUUUUAUUUUAAGAAUGCAGUCUCCUUAGGCUUUGUCCUCUUCCCUUUGCCAGUGGCAAGGACUCUGCCCCCUCCCAAGUUCUCCCUCAUAGUUAUUUAAAAUCAUUCCACUCCGGAGUCUCUCUGUCUGGAUUUAAUUAUAUUCUCCUGGUGAUAUUAGAAGGGCAGUAACUUUAGCUGCAGACAAAGCAGGUGGACAGGGAAACAGAAUUUUCUGUGCGUUUUAAAUCUAGUUUGACUCCUGGAAUGUCCUGAGUCCUAAGUUCUGAUACAAUCCUUAGGCCCAGUUUCACAGAGGUGGUUAAACCUCUGUAUGGAAUGUACUAUUUCAGACUGCAGAUCGGGACUUGCAUGCUUGAAUACUUCUCCGAAACAACAGCAGCAAAAAUAACAAAAAUCCAUGCACAGAGAUAACUGAAAAUGCCUAUCUUUUACAGGCCUUUUGAUUCAUGAGAUACAGAGAAGAAAUAAUGUACAUAACUUGUUUUUUUUAAUUGUGAUUAAUAGUUUUGUUUUUGAUUGCCAUCACCUAUCCUAAAGUCUACAGACAAAGAGUGGGGUAUAAUUUUUUUUAAUGAUAAAAGCAAAAUGUUGAAGAGAAGACUAGGCUAGAGCCCUGCUUCUGACAGCUAGGUUCCACUGAACCGUUGAAUAGCUUCCUGGGUUUCUACCCCCCAAAAUAAAAUACCUGUAUUCUGCUUUGCCACUUUGCCCUGGCCUUUGACACCUGAGGUGUAUAUUUUCAGGACCAACUCUACUGCUGUGAGCAUAAUUUGUUUUAAACUGUUAAAUAGUAAAUUUCAGCAACCUGCCUUGGAACCUUACAGUGAAGAAGUCAAAUAAAUUACAGUAGUAUGGUAUGUUGAAGCCAGAAAAGGGAAAACUUAACUUGGUCCCUUUUUGUUUUUCCACUGCUUGUUAAUUCUAAUAGUUCCUUUCUAGGGCCAUUGCUAGUUUGCACAAUUUGUACUUGGUUUGCUGUUUUGUUCACUGGUGUUUUCCCACUAAACUUCAGGGGAUAAAUACAAUGUAUGAACUGGGCUGUCUAACAGAUACAGCAAAGAGCAGUUCCUGUCCUCCUGGUCAUCCUUUUACAGAAAUUACUUCCAGCCCCAUCCAUGUGUGUGAAAGUGAUAAAACACAAAUUGCUUUUGUGCUGUAGCAUAUAAUAAUGGUUCUCCAUUGGAUUUUACAUGCAAAGUGUCAGGUAUUGGCUGUUUGGUCGUGUGGUCAUGUAAACCAGCAGACAGCAAUGACUCACUGUUCCAUUCUGGGUCUUGGAUGGGCUGCUUUGAGUAUACUUCCUCAGGAACCUGUCUGGCAUCUUCCUCUGGGUCUCCUAUAUAUUUAAAAUAGGGGGAACGAGCCAUAGCUGAGUGGCAGAGUCCUAUGCUUUGCAUGGAGAGGGUCCCAGGCCCAGCCCUUGGCAUCUCUCGUUUAAAAAGGUCAAGCAGUAGCUGAUGUGAAACACCUCUUCUUCAGACCCCAGCGAAAUGCUGUCAGCUCAAUGGAAAGAUAAUUUAAUGGAGAAUGUAAUGCAAAAAAGAUUGUUCAAUUAUCUGUAUUCUAUCAAAAGUUAUAGCCAAAUAACCAGAAAAAGGAAUUUUUAGAGAGCCAGUCAGGUGUCAUCUUCUUUUGGCAAUGAUGGCUAAUAACACCACUUUUUUUUUGGAGUAAUACCAUAAAAUUAUAUAUCAAUGGAAAGACAAUUUUGGCCACUAGUGUAUAUUCUUAUCAAGAUGCUACAGAUGUGUAUUGUGUACUUAUUUCCAAGAGGAAAGAAUCUUACUUGGCAUCCUCCACACUUGAAGGUACACAUCCAUCCAUCCAUCCAUAAUUUUGUUUGUAUGCUGCCUUUCAUCCUUCUAACCAUGCUCAAGGCAGCUUACAGCAUGAAAAAAUACAUAACAACAUUAUAACAAAAGGAGUAAAAAACAAUGAAUAAAUCAAUUUUAAAAGAACACAACCAAACAGAACAGUUUCCACAGAUAUCACAACAAUAUCUAAAAUAAAGAUACAAUAAAUCAACAGCAACAACUCCUUGCUCCCCCCGCCCAAAACCACCCCAACCCAAGAUUCUGUUCAGCAGCCUCAGCUUUUGUAACUCUCAGGCCAGGUGAAAAAGGCUUGCAAGGCAGGGGGCAGGUCCUCCAGGACUGAGAGCUAUGAUGGGGUAGCUCUACAUCAAAUGAAUACAUUACUCCCUCCCUCCCUUCAGACGUGAUCUCGCCAAAAUUAUGUAUAAAACCUUCCUGGUUUUGGUUUCUUCCUCACGGUUGCAGGCACACUAACAAUGACAAUGUGCAGGCCCGCCAUCAGAUUUGCUGUUGGCUCUUUCUUUUUGUGCCUGGACUAAACACUUAUUUUUGUCCCACAACAGAGCUGUUUUUUUGGCUGUGUUGUCUCUCAAGUUCAGUUCCUGCCAUGUCUCCUCUGCCUCUCUGGCACUUGGCUCCUGGCAAGAGCCCAGCUGGUUUUGGCUUUACUGCUCCAUCACAACCCCUCUGCUGGAAGCAAGAGCCCUUUCUUUCAAAUGCCAGGACUUCUUCCUCUCUGAGUCUGCCUCACAUCUCUUUCAUUCUCCUCCUCUCCUUGUAGCUUGUGGUUGCAACCGUGACCCACACCCACACCGGUGUCAUGACUCCUUUUCUGAGUCUGUGCCCUUACAGUCUGCCCUGCCCAUCCUGCAGCUGUCUCCUGUUUUUGCUAGCUCUGCUAGGCCCUUGCAUCUCGACCCUUCCCCCAGGACUUCCUUGCACGGACAGGUGAUAGCUUUGAAACCUACCAAGCCCGCUUGAAACCUACCAAGCCCAAACCUACCAAGCCUGCUUACAGCAUCUUUCUUGAAAAUCCAGGGUUGUAAAGACUGCAGAGGGAAUUAUUGGGUGCACUCUUCCCACCUUAGAUCAAAUCUAUGCUGCCAGGUGCCAUAAGAAAGCGGCAGAGAUAGCACAUGAUAGUACGCACCCCAGAAAUGAUCUCUUUCAGCUUCUGCCUUCUGGAAGAAGGUAUAGGGUUAUAAAGGCCAGGACUAGCCGCCUGAAAAACAGUUUCUACGCUAAUGCAAUUCUGGUUCUAAAUGCAGCAUAAGGGGUUUCUGUAGUAUAGUGUGUUUUAAAAUGGGGUUUUAGAGUUUGUAGGGGUUUUUGAAUGUUUUAUGUAGUUUUGUAGUAGUUUUAUGUAGUUUUGUAGUAGUUUUAUGUAGUUUUGUAGUAGUUUUAUGUAGUUUUGUGGUAGUUUUAUGUAGUUUUGUGGUAGUUUUAUGUAGUUUUCAUUGCUCCGCAAGGGACAAUGACAAUAAAGAUAUCGUAUCGUAUCGUAAAACUACUGUGAAGCUAGUUUACUCUGAACUGCUCAUCACUAGAACAUUGCUGAAUUCCAUUCCAUUUUUAUGCUGCUUUCAAUCAUCUUCCAAGGAGCUAUUAAAAAUAGUAAGACAGCUAAGAUAACAUUUGGAACAAUAUUACAGUUUAGUACAAGAUUAACAAUUAGACUUUUCUGUAUCCUGCUGUGUGUAUCUUUGCAUUUCUGAAAACAUACCUUUACUGAAGGUGAUUCCCUCCUGCAACUAAUAUAGCAAUACAAAGUGAAAAUCAGAUUUGGUUUUUAAAAUGUCAAUGGUGUUUUGAAUCGUAUGCGGAAUGAACCACGGUGGUAGUAUAGUUGGAGAUGAACCUACUGUGAACAAUUUAGAACCUGAUUUUGUUUAUGUUUGCUAGACCUUCUUACAAGAAGGAGAAUCUACUUCAGCACAAUGUGAUGAUUUGGAAGUUUUAAAAACUAAGGGCUGCCCUCCAGAUGAAAUAGAAAAUCCCAGAGGUUCACAAGCUAUGCCGAAAAACAAGGAAGUAACCAAUCGUGUCAAAGGGGCUGCUGAGAAUCUUAAACCGGAAGACAUUACUCAGAUUCAACCACAGCAAGUGCAAUUAAAGCUGCGAAUAGGUAAGGAUGUCAGAUUAACAGUGAUGUCUUUUUCCUUAUGUUCUCACCAUUAUUCAAGAAAUUGACUAGAACUGUCAAAACAUUAAGAUGAUAGAUAGAUAGAUCAAUCUAGCUUCAACUGAGGUGGGAACGUUAUACCUUGAUCAAGCCAUUGUACCUUGAUUUUCUAGUAGUUUCCCCACCUUAAGUAUAUUGCCUUGAGCAGCAUUGGUCAGAACGGCAACUCAAAUUCCUUUGGACAGACACUUUUGCACAUGAACAUUCAACUUACCCUAUUCAGGAAACAGAUCUGAAGCUCUUAAAUGACCAGUCUUCAUGAAACAUGGUGUGGGAUAAUUUCCAGAAUAUUGGGGCCUUCUAAACAAUUUUGGUACAUGCAUAAAUGGUUUAAGGUUCAUUUGGGGUCAAAAAUGCUUUUCUUCAUCCUGAAAGUGCUUUGGAACUGCUCAGAGGAAACACAGAAUGUGCCCCAGGCAUUGAUAACCGCGAUACAUAUUUUGGAGUGCCUAGCGAGCAGGAACUGGAAAUGUACAAAAAAAUGUGUUUACCAUUGGAAACAGCAACUGGAUUAUCCAAUUGGAAGUAUCCUCCUAAGUAGAUUUGGGCCCCAUCUGCACUGUAUGUUGAAUUCAUGAUCAUACCACUUGAAGCAGUCAUGGCUUCUCCCAAAGUAACCUUGUUAGGAGAUCCCAAUGUCCCUCUCAGAGCUAUAGUUGUGUGGCAAGGCCACGAACCCUCCCCUUAUGUUGGAAUAAAGGGCCAUCUUCUGGGGGCCACGUGCCAGUGGUGUGCAGGGCCAAAGGCAAAUGUGGGUGGAGCAACAGGUGUGACUUCAUACAGUGGACUAUUUUCCACCAAUGCCAAAGAGGUUUUAAAAUAAGCUGACACCUCACACACAGAUCUCUGCCCUCCAUCCAGGCAAGGAAGAGGUGGCAUCACAGCUCAAGGAUAUAUUCUAGCAAGACAGAGACACUAAGCAUAGGGUGGAAGUGUCAGUGCACUUAAUAUGUUUAGCGUACGUACUGUCUAGUGUCAUUAUGGAAUUUUUGCUUUAAAACUUUUAUUUCUUUUUCUGGGAUUAGGGGAACCACAGACAUUUUCAUUAAAAUUUAAGAGAGCUGAAGAUUAUCCCAUUGAUCUUUAUUACCUUAUGGAUCUCUCCUACUCUAUGAAAGAUGACUUGGAGAAUGUGAAAAGCCUUGGAACUUCUCUCAUGAGUAAAAUGAAGAAUAUAACUUCAGAUUUUCGAAUUGGUAAUAAUUUUGUUUAAGAUCAUUAUAAAUUAGGGCUUGCUUUUCUUUAGAAAAGUUCUGUUUAUCAUGUCAAAAUGUAAAGAGAAAUAUACAUGUGUAAUAUGCAUGUGCUCAGAAAUAUAAACAUGAUUUAGUAAGUUUGUACUAGGAGAAGAAAAUGCAUACUUUUAUAACAUAGAUUCUGUAUUAGAUUGCUGCUGGAUAAAAACAGAUUUGGAUAGAGCAAACCUGAGAGCCUAUAUGCAAGCUAGUGGAAGCAAGGAUUAUAAUAGGUUGCAUCAAAUUUAAGGCAUACUCAGAGUAGACUAAUUGGGAUCAGUAGACUUAAGUUAAUCAAGUUUAUUGUCAAUGCUUUUGUUCUGAAGAUAACUUAAGUCAUGGACAAACUUAACACAUAGUAUUCAAAGCUAAUGAGUAGUUUGAGUGGAUCUCCUUUUAAGUAGGACCUGGUUGAAUACAACCCAAAGUUGAUUGGUUUCUAUGUAAACAUUGGAAUUCCUACUGGGUUUCAUAUACAGCCUCUUGAGAAAGUAAAGUGUCUACAUAGUCCCAGUUCAUAGCACUCCUUCCAGGCAAGAUGUCCUGCUUCUUUGGGAUGAACACAUGCACAAAAGAAACCCACAUGACAGCCAGAUAGCCUCUCCAGGUUUUCAAACAUGUCUGCUGUGUAGAAGACAUUCAGUAUAACCCUUGCUAAGGGUGAGUUCUGACCCUUCAGAACCACUUCCUCCUGAACACUUCAUUACCUGGUAGACCAAGCUUCCCAUUGUUUCCUGAUGAAAAAGAAUGUCUUUUGCUGGAGUGCAACCUGCCCUGCAACUUGGUGGCUUCUCUAUAGGGCUUUCUAUUGCUCUCAGAACUAAUAGAGUUCCAUUGUAUGUCCCUCCCCCCCCCCUCUCUCUCAGGAUUUGGCUCUUUUGUUGAAAAAACUGUAAUGCCUUAUAUUAGUACUACACCAGCCAAACUCAAGAACCCAUGCACCGUUGACCUUAACUGUACAAGCCCUUUUAGCUACAGGAAUGUACUCAACUUUACCAGCGAUGGAAAUCUGUUCAACAAGCUUGUAGGUGACCAACAGAUUUCUGGCAAUCUGGAUUCUCCUGAAGGUGGAUUUGAUGCAAUAAUGCAGGUUGCUGUUUGUGGUGUAAGUGUAUUUUCAUUUCUUUUGGAUAUUACUACAAAUGCAAUUGACUUGUAGACCCUUGGCUGUUAUUCAGAUUUAAUGGAUCAAAAGUGAUAAUUUAACUUCCUGGACACAAAUGUUGAAAAGGUACAGUGAUAAGUAGCUAAAAGCCAGUGGGGAUCCUUAAAAGGCAUUCAACCACAUGUGUACUCAUAAGGGUUUGUUUGUUGCAGUUCUUGCACAGGAAACAAAAGGCGUAGUCACUGUGUACUCUCUCUCUCUCUCUCUGUGUGUUCAACAGCAACAAAAGGUUUCAGUCACCAGUCUCUGAUUUGCAGACCCUCUCUUCUACUGCUUCUAGUCUUGCUCCUAUAAAGUCUAGCUGCUGAUUUUCAGUUCUAGUAGUUGUUAGCUAGCAGUGUAUUUUGAGAGAACCCUGCUCAUGUCCCCCACCUCUCCCCAGACACACUUUGCUAGUAAAGAUAUAGAGUAAAACCCUGGACCAGAACUCUGAUCUGGAUGCCCAAGUACCAUGAUGACUGGUGCCAGCAAUUUUCAGAGGGAAUUGGGAAGGCGACUUCAGUGUACAAAUGGAAUCCUCCCCCUCUCUUGCUUUGAAGCUUUCUGAGUCAACCUCCAGUUGCAAAGGUUGCAUGGUAAUUUCUGCAUGCCUCUUGACCAUAAGCUGGAGUAAGUGUAUCCUAGUGCCAACACAUCCCAGCUGUCAAUUCCGGGUGUGUUCAGGUGGCUUCUUCCCACACUAUGUUUUUAUGUCAUGCACAUGUUCCUGAAGCUACUAUCAAAACUGUACAGUAGUGACGGGAAGGUAGCUUAUUUAUAUCUUUCCAUUUGCUAAAACUCCAUGGGGAUACUGAUCACUCAUUUUUCAGUUUACUCUGCUACCAUAUUCUUUCACAAUGAUCUACGCUUUUAUAUAUAUAUAUAAUUUCUUUUCAAGUCAAAACUUGGAUGGAGAAAUGUCACUCGGUUGUUGGUAUUUUCUACGGAUGCUGGAUUUCAUUUUGCUGGAGAUGGGAAACUUGGAGGAAUUGUCUUGCCAAAUGACGGGCGAUGUCAUUUAGAUAACAAUAUGUACACAAUGAGCCAUUAUUAUGUAAGUAUGCUUAAGAGAAUGUUUAUUUUUGUGUUUACAUGUAUGUUAUUGUGUAUGUGUGCCCCCCCUCUCUCUCUCACUCACACACACACGCAAAUAUACACACGUGUAGAAAUAGGAGACAAUCCCAGUAUACCCCCCCCCAAUGUAGAAGAAUGCUUUGAGAAGAACACCCAUUAAAAGUUUAGCUUAUAAUUUUAAAAUAGCAGGGUCUGUAAGCUUUCAUGGACCAGUGCUAGCAGAGCUUGUAUGUAAAAACAUGUAGAGAUUUUUAAUUUUGUUAUAGUGGCCCUCACAUUUUUCUUCAUGGAGGAAGAAUGCCAAGUUUGGUUUGCCUAUUUUAAAACCAAGUUAUCCUACUUUGCUAAAACUCCUUUUCUGAAUCCAGAGAGAAACCCAAGAACUGGAGAACAUUUAUUUAACUGGCAAAAUAGAAGAAAAAGCCUAAGUAAUGCUUUGAUAAGAAUGAAGAAUCUGAGAAUUAGAGGCUUCUGUUAAUGAGAGUUGAUGGAUUGCUUUUUUAAAAAAAUGUUUUUGACUCUUUUGUUUGCUCUUGCUUAUGUUUGUAUAGAAAAUUGUAUAUAAGACUGUUAUUGUGUGUGGAAUUCAAGUAUAUAUAAAAUGUAAACUUCAUUCUUCAGGAUUAUCCCUCCAUUGCACACCUUGUUCAGAAGCUAAGUGACAAUAAUAUUCAGAUAAUAUUUGCUGUUACACAAGAAUUUCAACCAGUUUACAAGGUAAGAGCAAGUGACAAAAGCUUCUAUAGAGUCCCUUCCCUCACCAGCUGAGAUUCCCCAGCCUGAAAAUGCCUCCACCCACACAACCAAUGGUGCUCUCUAGGCAAUAAUGGUAUUUACCCCCACCCACCCUAGGUGGGAAUGUAGAGAGAGUUAUGGGUUGCAGUUGCCCCACCCCUGUUCUAUGCAUGUGUUAGAAACUUGAGAAAUUGAAUUCUGUAUAACUAUGGUUUUCUAUAUGAGACACGGGUGGUAAGCUCCCGUUGCUCGGUCCCAGCUCCUGCCAACCUAGCAGUUCGAAAGCACGUCAGAGUGCAAGUAGAUGAUAAUAAUAAUAAUAAUAAUUUAUUAUUUAUACCCCGCCCAUCUGGCUGGUUUCCUCAGCCACUCUGGGCAGCUUCCAACCAAAUAUUAAAAACAAUACAGCAUCAGACAUUAAAAACUUCCCUAAACAGGGCCACCUUCAGCUGUCUUUUAAAAUAAAUAGGUACCGAUCUGGUGGGCAGGUAAACAGCGUUUCCAUGCUCUGCUCUGGUUUCGCCAGAAGCAGCUUAGUCAUGCUGGCCACAUAACCUGGAAAAACUGUCUGCGGACAAAUGUCGGCUCCCUCGGCCAGUAAAGCGAAAUGAGCGCCGCAACCCCAGAGUCGUUCACGACUGGACUUAACUGUCAGGGGUCCUUUACCUUUUUUAUGGUUUUCUAUAAAUGGCAUUUUGUGUAUAGAAUUAAUCUAUCUGCUGCUUAUGAUUUUAACUGAAUGUUUUUCUCACUCUUCUCAUGUAAAGGAGCUCAAGAAUUUGAUUCCAAAAUCUGCAGUGGGAACACUCUCUUCAAACUCCAGUAACGUGAUUCAACUGAUAAUUGAUGCCUACAAUGUGAGUUCACCAGUUUUCAUUAUCGCCACAUACACCCAAAGACAACGUGUUUUGCAUACAAUAAAGGAUGUAUGGGGGAUCCGGACCUGGCCACAUAUACAUAUGCACACAAGUCAUCACCUGAUGUUGCAAUGGCAAUCUUCACUUGCAUGGUUUGAAAUCAAAUGUAUAAGCAAAAAAUAUGUGCAGUAUUUCUCUGUUGCCAUCAGUCAGCUGAUGGUCAGCACUGAAGAAACCCUUUGUGCAGUGCUUCUCCAGCACUGAUGAUCAGCUUCAAAGCACCUUUUAUCAAGCCCUGCCUUUACGUGCCCCACACUUGUCACAUACAACGUUAGGUGUAGGGCAGGUAGCCAUGGCUUGGACUCUUGUGCCAAAUGGGGAAGCCUGGCUGGAGGUUCCCCAUCCCUUAUUUAAGCAAAUGAGGUUCUGGGUUGUAUAUGUAGUAUAAAAAGAGUUGGUAGCUUCCCAUUCUAGCCACCCAGAGACCUUGCUCACAGGGCAAGACAGGUUUGAGCAGAUUACACUGGUCCUGGCUUGACUGCACUGGCUGUCAGUUAGUUUCCAGACCCAGUUCAAAGUGCUGAUUUUAACCUAUAAAGCCUCAAACAGUCUGCAGUCCUUUUCAAUAUGUUUGUGUGUGGUUUAUCGGGGGAGGAGUUGGGAGAGGAAAAUAGCAGUGCUGAUCUUAUCAGCAAUACAAUUUUAUCAAUCUCUUUUAUCCGUUUUGUAAGCUACAAUGAUGCUGGCUGCACAAAACCCACGAGAAAAUGGUAACACUAGUUCAAAACUUGCUGUGUCAAGAUACAGAGAAAACUAAUACAGUGGUACCUUGGUUCUCAAACUUAAUCCGUUCGGGAAGUCCGUUCCAAAAUCAAGAUGCGCUUUCCCAUAGAAAGUAAUGCAAAAUGGAUUCAUCUGUUCCAGACUUUAAGAAACAAUGCCUAAAACAGGAAUUUAACAUUAAUUUUACUAUCUAACGAGACCAUUGAACCAUAAAAUGAAAGCAAUAAACAAUGUCACACAAUCAAUCAGUAGCUGAACUGGGUUCCACACAGUAACAAAAACAAAACAAAAAAAGAGCCACAAAAAUGCAAAAUAAGUAGCAAAAACAGACAGAACUCAGCAUAACUCUCAAAACGUAAGUGUGGCACUCAAAACGGAGCACGUUCAGCUUCCGGAAAAAGUUCACAAACAGGAACACUUACUUCCGGGUUUGCAGUGUUUGGGUUCCAAGUUGUUUUGAGUACAAAGGUGUCUGAGAACCAGGGUACCACUGUAGUCCCUUCAGAAAUGCACGUUUUAAAAGGACUAGAUAGAAUCUGUUGAACAUGUAUCUCUUGCAAGAGAGUAUUUUCCAAGUGUUUUUAAGGAACUGUUUGGACAUCUGGGAGACCACAGAGUAGAAAAACCUGUGGCUUUCCAGAUGAAGUCUGGCUGCAUGUUCCAUUAUCCUUCACUAAACUACUUGACUUUUGUGUUAGUCAUUGUCUUCAGAAGUCAUUCUGGAAAACAACAAACUACCAAAAGAAGUCACAAUUGAAUAUAAAUCUUUCUGCAAGAAUGGAGUGAAUGGUACAGGAGAUGAAGGAAGAAAGUGCUCCAACAUUUCAAUUGGAGAUGAGGUAACUUUCUGCAUUCUGGAAUUGGUGUGCUAUUGCUUCACCCCCUCUAAUCAGUGUCAAACAAUUUACCUAUGUACUCUUUAUUUUGCUUACAGGUUAGCUUUGAGAUUAAAGUAACAGCCAACCAGUGUCCAGAAAAAGGGCAGGGUGAAACCAUUAAAAUCAAGCCACUAGGUUUCACUGAAGAGGUAGAAAUUAAUCUGGAGUUCAUCUGUGAAUGUGAAUGUCACAAGGACGGAAUUCCAGACAGCCCUAUUUGCUUCUUUGGAAAUGGAACAUUUGAGUGUGGUGCCUGCAGGUAGAUAAAUAAUGUUUUUCCCUGAUUCUUCUUGGGUGGAAUCAGCGCUGAAGGUAAUGUGCUGUCCACCAGCUCAGGAGAACCUCCAUGUAUUCCUCACAUGCUUCAGGAUUGAGUCUCGACACUGAAAACAUGCUUUGGAGAACUCACAGGAGUCCCUAUUCUCUGCCACUCCCCCUUUCCUCCUACUUUAAAUGGCCCUUCACUCAUUUUUUUCAUUCAUCAUUCUCUCCACCACCUGCCUCUCAUUUUCCCAUCUCCUGCUAUUUCUGCACUGCGUCUUCACCCACUUCCCCUUGCUUGGCAGGUCAAUGUAAUCAUUAUUUCAUUUUUCUCUCACUACCCCCCGCUACUUCAUUGUUUGCUUAGCUUGGACCAUUUCCCGUCCUUGUUUCUUUCUUAACCUCUUUCCUUCCUGUGCCACAUAAUCCUUACACAAAGAGAAGUUGUGUGUCCUUUCUCCUCAUAUAGGAAAAAAAGUAUGAAUAAAGGAAGGGAACCCAAGUCAGCUCCUUAAGCAAGCAUGAAAUUUGUAUUUUAAUGCUGGGCCUUCAGGUACCUUCAGUCAUCCCAUACUGGCCCCUCCUGCCUUCCUUUCCCCCAUGAACACCGACUGCUUAUUCCUACCAGGAUCUUUAAAUUCCCAUGUAUUUCCAAAAGUAAUUUUGACCACACUGUUUUUUUGUUUUGUUUUUGUUUUUAAAAGUGAACUUUCCUGCCUUUGGGCCCUCAAAAACAUUCAAAGAGAGAGAGGCACUGAAAACAGACUGGUAGAACUGAAGGGGAGCGUUAUGUGGCCUCUGCCACUAAGUAGACAGGGAGGCUACAACACACCCUGAUGAUGAUCAUGUCAGGGAGAAGAGGAACAUGGCCCCCACCUAUCAGGCAGAGAAGAAAUGGUUGCGAGGAGCUUCCUUUCUCCUCCCUGCGAGAAAUGACUGUGCUACAAUGCUCACUUCCUCCUCUGCUCCUUAUUCUUUUUCCUCUUGUAUCCUGUAUUUUGAGCCUGCUGGGCAUGGACUACCUUUCCUGUUUUAACUUAGAAAAUAGCAUUUUGAAAAUGCUACGUACUUUAGGGGUGUUGUUUUUAUCUGUAAGCUGCCUUGAGUCCUGUGGGGAAUAAGGUGGGCAAUAAACAAAUAGAUGAUGAUGAUUAUAUAAGUGGUGAAUAUUACCAUAAUACUGUUGCAGGCUGAUUGGACCUGUUCUUAAGUGCAAUUGUAGCAGACCAUUCUUCAAGACCUUUCUAGCAUAGAAAAAUGAUUGUCUGGUGUGUCAAGCAGGCAUGUGCCUCAUUUCACCUUUGGAAUAAAUUAGCAUUUAUAUUAUUUUUACAGCAAUUAGUAGCAGCUGCUAUAUUAAUGAAGUUAGUAGAAGAGUCAUUCAGCAGCUUCCCCAAACUGCUGCUCUUCAGUUUCGGAACGUCUGCCUCUAGGAUGAAUCAUGCUCUCGUGAAAGAGACUGUUUCCUGUAUCUGUGCACCAGUAUCUCAUCCCACCCCCUUCUCAAUGUGUAUAUAAGGGGAAAGAAAGUUUUGCAUUGAUUUUAGUUAACAGUUUAGUAAUGAGAACCAUUUUCUCUUUUAGGUGUAAACCAGGACGUAUUGGAAAGCUCUGUGAAUGCAGCAUGGAUGAAGUAAACAGUGAAGAUAUGUCAGGCACCUGUAGACCAGCAAACAGUUCAGAAAUAUGUAGUAACAAUGGAGAAUGUAUUUGUGGACAGUGUGUGUGCAGGAAGAGAGAGAAUGCAAAUGAGAUCUACUCUGGCCGGUUUUGUGAAUGUGAUAACUUCAACUGUGAUCGAUCUGAUGGCUUGAUUUGUGGAGGUAAUGAACUGACCCUUUUAAACUGUGAGGAUUCACAAGUUCCUCUGGAGGAAGGGGAAUGCUUGGAUGCAGUCCUGUACUUAUUUCUAAGCAUGAGAGCCUAACAUUUGGGAGAUCUUCUUGGCUUGCGAUACUCUGGUGUGCAAUACAGUACACAGUAAUACUAUUAUUAAAAGGAGAGAGGCUUUUUCUGAGGAGAAUCAUACACUGUAGCCCUUAUUAUAUGCCUUCACAAGACUUUAAUUUAUAAAUUUACAAGAGACAUCAAGUAAAAGGCAGGAGUUAUGUGGUCUAGAGUUCAACCACCAGAUCUGGUCCUAUCUUACCCAGGCCAAGUUGUUCAGCUGCAGCUCCUCUAUCUACAGUGUGUACUUCCUUUGGCCUUUUUUGUUGGUUUCUGUUAUUUCCUACUCCUUUUUCUGGAUCAUUCCUUUUUGCCUUAAAAAACAAACAAACCUUUUAUUCUCCACUUUUGCUUUUCCUCUUAUUUUCUGGCUCAGGGGGCCAACUGGGAAAUGAGUAAUCACUGAGCCUACAACUAAGUAUUGUCAAAGACCCUAAAGCAAAGACCCUAUACAGCUGCUCUGGCCGCCACAGGGACUUCCAGUGCCCACAAUGUCUCUAGUUCUUGUGAUCUAGAGGCAGUGCAUGCUGGCCCUUGCUGUGGUGGGAGCCAUUCAGUGGGAGUGCAACUUGAGAGAUUACAGAGAGAGCCAAAACUGUCCACUUUGGACAGUACAGGUUAGGAAGAUUAUAUGGGGAGGAACCUGCCAAACACCAUUAAUCCCUUACCUUUGUGCCAACUUUUGACACCAUUUUGAAAGGAGAAUAUUCUGAUUAGGAGCUCCAAGUGACAGUGCAAUCUAAAAUCAGCACUCUUAGCAAACUGCCAGUGGACAAGCAGAGUGAGUGGUUAGAUAAUAGCAUGCAAGAUGAACCUCAAAAUUGUUCAGCAACAAUGAUUUUAUGCCCUUGCUUUCUAAAGGCACAUUGUUCCCAAGUUUGCUGGCCUCUGAGGCAGACCAAGGUCUUAUGCUCUACUACGGUCAGAUGGUCAAGUCAUGUAUAGCCACAACAUGCAAGACCCAACUUUUACCAAACCUCAUUCUAUGAAAGCACGCUCAUAGCAGUUCUCCACCAAUUUCAUAGAAAUUUGUAGGGCUACAAUGUGGACCUCAUAUCCUGCAAACAGGACACCAUUGUCUCUAUAGAGUUGGCCUUUGGAGAUUAGUGUUACAGCAUGUCCUCUCCUUGGAACUGUGGAAGAGACUUGCAGUACGGGAUCUUGUGGUUGAAAUAGAAGUCACAUGAUCUAUUCCUUUACCUGGGUGGUAGGAAUCAGCUUUGAAUGCCUCUGUCAAAUUAAAUCAGAUUAUGGCAAUUGUUGAUGUUCAAUUUCAUGUGCUUUAUAGAAACUAAAUACCUAUCUUUUUAUUGCAGGACAUGGUGAAUGUAAAUGUCGUGAGUGUGAAUGCGCAGAAAAUUAUACAGGCUCUGCUUGUGAUUGUUACAUGGAUACCACCCCAUGUGUAGCUGGAAACGGACAAAUCUGUAAUGGCAGAGGAAUCUGCAAGUGUGGAGUCUGUAACUGCACAGAUCCCAAAUUCACGGGGCCAACAUGUGAAUUGUGCCCGACCUGUCCUGGAGUUUGUGCAGAGCACAAGUAAGGCUUUUGGAUUUUUAACUUCCUGCUGGGAUAUUUGCAAAUUGCUCCAGGGGAAUUCUUUUGUUCCCCUUUGUACAAGGAGCUGCUUCUUGUGGCCCAUGUUUUUGCUUUGCUUUGCUUUCUCUCUCCCUCCCCCCCCCCAAAAAAACCCAAAAAAUUCUUAAGCUGGAGCAAAAAUUAUUGGUAAUUAGUGUUUUAUUAUAUUCGUUUUCUUGUUGUAAACUGCCUUGGGUUUUUUUUCUUGGGUAUACUGAAGUGUGUAGCUUUUCAGUUUAAAAAAUAAAUAGUACCUGCACUUGCAGAUACCAUUUAAAGCCAACUAGUAUAUCUUAAGGGGACGCGGGUAGCGCUGUGGGUUAAACCACAAAGCCUAGGACUUGCCGAUCAGAAGGUCGGCGGUUUGAAUCCCCAUGACGGGGUGAGCUCCCGUUGCUCAGUCCCUGCUCCUGCCAACCUAGCAGUUCGAAAGCACAUCAAAGUGCAAGUAGAUAAAUAGGUACCGCUCCGGCGGGAAGGUAAACGGCGUUUCCAUGCACUGCUCUGGUUCGCCAGAAGUGGCUUAGUCAUGCUGGCCACAUGACCCGGAAGCUGUACGCAGGCUCCCUCGGCCAAUAAAGCGAGAUGAGCGCCGCAACCCCAGAGUCGGUCACGACUGGACCUAAUGGUCAGGAGUCCCUUUACCUUUACCUUUUUAGAAUAUCUUAAAUCUGUGUAAAAACUGCACUUGAGUGCACCCAGUUAUUUCACAGCAUUGUAGUUCAGUUGCUGAAUACCUAUUACUAGAAUGUAUUUGCAACUCAUUUUAAAUAUGCUAAAUUUCUUCCUUUCUUUUUUAAUAUGCUGCCUUUCAGGAUGCAGUCCACCUUCCAAGUUGGCUUGGAAAUAACAUGAAAAUCUAUUAAUAAAAUCACAACAGCAUUAAAAUAUAAUAGUUCAUCAGGAUCCUUUCCAUAUAGUACUUACUUGGUGGUGGAAAACCCAGGAUGUGGGGGAGGUGACAGUCCAGUAAGAGCAGGCACUGAUACUUUCUUGUUCGCCUGCCUCUCCUGAAAUAAUUUCAGUAGGCUGCAUGAUGGAAGAUGGUUCUGUGGGGAAAGUCCAGCUGGAGCAGGCUCAGGGAUGAUCCUUGUCCACCUCCCUUUCUCUCUUAUUCCACUGAGUGCAGUGUAAUGUAGGCCCUGCUAAGCAGGCUUCUGGAUGCUCUCUUAAUGGAUCAAAGAGGCUGUAUUGAAAAGAAAAAGGAAGAUGCAGCCAAUGCAGUGUUAGGGAAAAUGUGUCUGCAGUUCCAUUUCAGCUGUGUUUGAAAAUUAAAGAGGACUGGAACUCAACCUCUGUUUAACUUUUGUGUUCUUCCUGCAUGCUAAACUGCCACACUAAUUUUAUUCUGAUGUAUCUUGUAUCUGACUUGCAUUAGGGACUGUGUGCAGUGCAGAGCUUUUAACAGAGGAGGAAAGAAGGACACCUGUGAAGAAGAGUGUUCACAUUUUAGCUUGACACCAGUAGACCAUAGAGAGAAGUUGCCACAGCCUGGAGACUAUAAAGCACAGUCUCAUUGCAAAGAGAAGGAUAUUGAUGACUGCUGGUUCUAUUUCACCUACUCAGUUGAUUCAAACAACAAUGCCAUUGUCCACGUGGUAAAGACCCCAGGUAUGUUUUGUUUCUCACAUAGAUAUUGUUGGCUUUCAGCAGAGAAAUAAAGUGAAAAGGGUGGAGAAAAGGUAAAGUAAAACAAAGCAAAAACAAGAAAGUGCUUAACAAUAUAUUAUCAUACAUUUAUUUAUUUUAUUACUAUCAAAAUACAAAGUAUUAAGCUUUACGUUUCUAGAUAAAUUAAUUUAAAAACUGCUCUAUCUGUAAAAAUUGAACUCUUACAGGCAGCAGAAAUUCAGAAUUUGUUUUGGCCAAACAUCUAUUUCUGUUUCCACAUUGUUGAUUUACAUCAUGCUUGAUUGUGCUUCGAUUGCUUUGCUCCCUAGAAUGCCCGACAGGUCCCGAUAUCAUUCCCAUCGUUGCUGGUGUGGUUGCUGGAAUUGUUCUUAUUGGUCUUGCUUUAUUGCUGAUUUGGAAGCUACUUAUGAUCAUUCAUGACAGGAGAGAAUUUGCAAAAUUUGAGAAGGAAAAGAUGAAUGCAAAGUGGGAUACGGUGAGUGAUAGCUAUACACAACACCUGGAGAAUACAGCAAAUGUUCUUUUGUAUACUUCAGACAUUUUAGACAUUCAUCCCUCUAGGACAGUGGUUCCCAGUUAGUGGUCUGUGUAAUCCACCCAAGGAGUCCACAGCACAAUUCACAUAACAAAAAUUACCAUAGAGAAAUCAAAAUUUUCAAAAUUAGGGGGUCCAUGGCUUGGCUUUUGAAAAAUGGGAGGUCUGCAGUACUUAGCUAAUUGGGAACCGCUGCUCUAGAAUAAAGCUCAGACAGCCUGGCUUAGUGUUUCUCUGGAUCUUCCACCUAAACUUUGCAAUAAAAACUGGUGGUCUUUGGACUGGAUAACUUUGACAGAUAGAUGUAUCAUCUCGUGGCUGGCUUUGAGGCUUUCAUUGUGCCACCCAGGAAUUUUAGAUGGAGACCAAGCAUUUGAACUAACAACAGUCACAUUAAGUUACCCUUGAUAUUCACAAGUAAUUCCCUGGGUCUUACCUACAAUGUAAUUGAGCUAUACAGUUUCUGUUAAGAGUCAAUACAUUGUGUAUACAGUGGUACCUCUAGUUACAAACUUAAUUCAUUCCGGAGGUCCGUUCUUAAUCUGAAACUGUUCUUAAAUAGAGGCGUGCUUUUGCUAAUGGAGUCUCUUGCUGCCACUGCGCUGUCGGCACACGAUUUCCGUUCUCAUCCUGGGGCAAAGUUCUCAGCUCGAGGUAACUCUUCCGGGUUAGCAGAGUUUGUAAUCUGAGGCGUUUGUAACUCAAGGUACCACUGUAUAUAGUUGGUACAGAAAACAGCACAAUACUAUAUAUUAUUGAAAUGUCAUAUUUGAAAGAAUUGUUGAAAACCUUAUUUGGAAACUGGUACACUGAAAUUCUGCAUUCCACAUUGACCAUUUUUCUACCUUCAGCAAGAAAAUCCUAUAUACAAGAGUCCUAUUAAUAAUUUCAAGAAUCCAAACUAUGGACGUAAAGCUGGUCUCUAAGUUUCCGUUCGUAUUUUCCUUUCCAUUUCUUUCUUUGUGCAUGUCACUUUCUUCAAAGUCUGCUGUAUGUGCCAUUAACUAAUCACUCUUACCAAUCUUGCCAGCUGCUUUUUUAUGAAUUAUGCAGUGGAGCUUAAAUGAGGGGAAAUAAUGACCAAACUAUAGUUAGGGUUGCGCUUUAGGGCCCUGUCCCCUUCUUAGUAAGAUCUGAACAACUUGCCUGAGCAUAUGUACAGUGCCAGCUCCAGGAUGUUUGUGGCUCUCAGGCAAGGUGCACUUAAAGGGGCUGCACUGAAAAAAGUGGGGCAGGUAAAUAGAAUUAUCUUGCACUGCCUGCAGGCCUCUGUUCCCUUGAAAAUUGAGAAUAGCAAUACUAUUGGGGGCUUUGGGAUAGGGCAAAUGACCAAGAUUAGUGUCCUCUGGAGCUGGCCAAAUUGAUAUAUGGGCAUAUUAUAGUCAAAUACAAGAAGUAUUAGGACUUAAUUAACAUCAACAGAAGUGUUAACCACCCUGCUUAAUGCAUUUUCAUUAAAAUCCAUGGAUUGUACUCAGCUAAAUUCUGCUCAAGAGUAUACCCACUGAAAUUAAUGGCCCUGACUAACUUGGGCCCACUCAGAAUAAAACUUCAUUGAAUUCAGCUCCAUAAGACUAAAUUUGCCUAGUUUUAGCUGGAUUUUUAAGUUAAAUAUCAUGGGUAACUGGUGUUGAAUGAUCCUGCUGUUGGCUUUGACUUAUGCAACAUCUUCCUUUUCAUUUCCCCCUACUUUUUCUGUUGGUAAUCUCACACUUAAAAGUUUGACUCCUCAGCUUCUAACUCACUUGGUUAUAAAUCUUUCAGCCAUCCUUCCAGCUUAGUGAAGGAAGGCCAAUUUUUACAGGCAGUGAAUUUUGCCUAGAAAGCCAUGAAAGAGAAGUUAGAGGCCUCCAAGUACAUGCAAAGGGGAACCCAUAUUGUAGAGUACUUCAGUCUUGUCAUGUAGCACCACUAGAGGACCUUGUAGUUCCCUCUUCACACGAGACUGUAGAAGUGGUGCUUUCGAUCUCUCUCUCUCUUUUCCUUUGUAAUAUGAAGCCAUCAUGAGGCUGUGCUGGCUUUGUCAUGUAUUUCCACCCGUAUGCUGUUUGCCACUCUUCCAGUAUCUGCACAAGUGGGUACCAGAGGCAUAAUAGCUCCCAGGAAACCAGCUAAGAUAUUUCUGAAUGCUCUAUCAAAUUCCUGCUAAUUUUCCUUGGACAGUCUUUCCUUCCUCUUGCAUGUUUUCACUUCACAGGAAAAAAAUGCUAGUUAAGAGGCAUGAAUUGUUGUUACAAGAGCUCUCAAAAUGGCCAUGAGUUCUUGCUUUGCCUUUUUGAGGUCCCUUUUGAAGGCAGCAAAGCAGGCAGACAACAGAAUUACCUCUAUCUUGUCCUUGCAAAUGGAAUGUUUAGUUAGGUUGCUUGUUGGCCAGCUUUGCCCAUCAUGUCCUCUCCAGAAGCUCACACACUUACGUGUUUGCACUAAGCUUUGGUAUAGUUAAGUGUGGCAUAUAAACUGCUACAUUGGAAGCACAUAAUAGUUUUACUCUUGUUUUUUUUCUAUUUUAUUAUGUGCCCCCCCUCCACCAAGUUUAAAACAUUCUGAAUUCUGCAUAAACAAUAAUUCCAGAGCAUGCAUGUGUAUGGAUGUGUUGCAUGCUUAUAUAAAGGACCAUUUGGCAGGCACACCCAGACAUGCAGAAAUUAUGAAUUCAAUUCAAAGCUGCUUAUAAUAGGCUUUCUAAUGGCGUGAAAACAUUAUCCGUAGCACAGGGGUUGCCAGUGGUAAGCCCACCCAGUUCACUCACUUCGAUAGCACUGUCCUUGAGUAACUAAAGAUGUGAAUGGCUAUGGUCACAAUUGAGCUAUGUUUUUGUGUGUCUCUCAGAAUAAAAUGUAUGAACAAUUCUUGUUAUAAAUGAAAAAUAUGACAAACAUUGGCCUUUAUUAGCUACAGGUUUCUGUAUGUCUUAUUAUCAUAGCCUCUGUUUGGCCGUUCUCUUAAGGCUCUGUGAAUAAUAAGGUUGCAAUCAGUUUGUCCUGAUACCACCAUUUUGUUUUGCAUUGGUACAAAUGCAACCCAUUUUCCAGGAACAAUCCCAUGUACCUUUUUUGUAGAGGAAAGAUAUGAAAUGCUUAAAGCACCUGUCCUUAAAAAGCAUGUGCCUAAAGCCUUCAUAGCUUUCACUACAGUAGCAGGUGUAGGUUUCUGUCGAUUUGCCAUCCAUGUGUGUUAACCCUCUUACAUAUUCUUUAAAAAAGUAUACAAGGCAUGAUGCUUCAUAAAAGCUAAAGCUACUAGAUGAUCUUUAGCUAUUUUUUUAUGUACUUGCCUGUUGCAAUCCAGUAAUCCUUUGCAAGAGUUGAGGGUCAAACAUGCACAUGGAUUUCUGGAUUGGUUUGACGGUGUGUGGAAUUGCUUCCAGUAAAUGAGCUGCUUCAAAUACUUUUACAGUAAGAUUUCUUAAGUCAUUUGUGAUAUUAAUAAUUCUUUUUCUUCUAGGGCGAGAAUCCUAUCUACAAGAGUGCAGUGACAACCGUGGUGAAUCCUAAAUAUGAGGGGAAAUGA